AUGAAUAUCACUGCCCAACAAGCUGCGAGGUCUCAUGAGACCAAAUCGGGUCUUAUGCUUGGCGUUUCAGUGGCGUUGAUGACUUUGGGUUCUGGUCUGGUUGCUCUACGACUGUGGUGCAGAAGACUUAUCCAUUCAACCGGCCGAGACGACAUCUCUGCUGUACUUGCUUUAGCCUUUUUAAUAGCUUGUGGCAUCUCGAUGGCAGCUAUGACGAGAUAUGGUCUCGGACGACACGAUUGGACUUUAUCUCUUGAUCAAAUAGUUCUUUACGGAAGAUGCUUUUGGCUCUCCGUCCUAUUCUACACCUUAUCCAUAUACUUUUGCAAGAUAACGUUCCUACUACAAUAUCUCCGCAUCAUGAACGUUUCACGUAUGCGUUGGGUCUACAUAGGCUCCAUGAUAUUCCUUUCGAUAUGGAGUGCGGCGCAGAUAGUGGGCAUAGCCACGCUCUGUGUUCCGCUUGAAGCUCUCUGGGAUCCAAGAAUCAAGGGAAAGUGUUUCAAGGACCAGACGUUGAUGUGGUACAUCAACGGGGUGAUGCAUAUUGUUAUAGACUUUGCGAUUAUCGUGAUGCCUCUCCCAAUUGUCUGGAAAUUGAAACUGCCCUUGUCUCAAAAGUUGUGGCUUUCUGGCAUCUUUGGGCUGGGUUUCUUUACCAUUGCUAUUUCUAUCCUUCGACUUCAAUGGCUCACACCCCAGAAGGACAUCACAUGGUGGAAUGUCACCGCAGCGUCAUGGUCCCUGGCGGAGCUUGUCUCGGGUAUCGCAUGUUCUUGUCUCCCAACUUUCAAACCUCUCCUCAACAAAGUUAAGAGCUGGGUUCCUACUCUCAGCGAUGGAGAAAGUGCACGUAGUAUUCAUGGUAUUGCUACCGAUGACUCAGACAGGACCGUGGUCGUGGCAUUGGAAGACGCGCCGUACGGAAGCAGGUUACAAAUACCAAACAGUGUUCACACAUUCGGGACGGAAACAAGCAUCACAGCAUCAAAGGGGGUUUACGAGACUGAGAAAAAGUGGCGAAAGUCUUCAAAGUCUAGCAUAAGUAAGAAUGAACCGUGA